GGGAGUGGUCCCUGGAAAGGACGGGUGGCCGUGCACCCGGUGUCUCCACACAGGGCAGAUCAUUGCUCCCGAAUAAAACGCUGAGAGCAGGCCCCAUCAAUAUCUCAAAUCCGCGUACGGAAAUGUUCAUUUAGAAUCAAUUUUAGGGUGUUUCAGACGGUAAAGUCCUUUUAACUAGAUCUCUGGUGAGGGUGCAGAGGCGGUUUAUGGGGCUGUAAAUUCUGGGCCGAGCGGUCUCAGUGCAGUGCACGUCUUCCCUGCUCCGAGCCGUUCCCUCCGUCCCAGCCGGGGCCCCUGCGAGCAUUGUUGCCCAAAUAUUCUGUAAAUCACCGGCAGGCCCGCGCUAAUGUGAAAUAUGACUUUCAGUCGUCUGUUAGACACAAGAGGAGCGCCCGCCUCACGCCCAUCACCACUAACAUUGGUUAUGGGUAAUAACACUUUCCAUCACAACUAUUUUUGGAAAACGGGUUUAUUUUAGACCUUCCCUCCCCCAAAGGAUACACUGAAAACACUCUGCCAAGGACACAGCCUCCUACAAGCCACAGCCCAUUAAGCCAAUGAGGAAACAGAAACUUUCCUCCCCACCCUGAACUUCUUCAGAGGGAAAAAGAAAAAGGAAAAAGCAGGCGUGGGGAGACCCAAUAAAGCAGACAAGGUUGCCCACGUGUGAGGCCCAGGGAAGCCCCUUUCCCGUGUUCGGAGGGAGGCAUUGUGGGGUGACUGGGACCCCCACCUGGAGGGGCUGACCAUCCUCCAGCUGCUAGCUUCAAUAGAGGCCCCGAACAGCAUAAAUGGGGCAGCCCUUGGAGGCGGGGAGGCUGGAUGCCUCAGCGGUGGUCGGACUGCCUCCGGGGGCCCCAGGGUGCUGGGGGGGCUCCGGCCGGCCGGCCCACCAGCUUCCUCCCUUCGGCCACAGGUUUGCUGCAAGCCCCAGACUCAUGACCUCCAUCAAGGAGCAGGCGGCCAUCAGCCGACUGCUGAGCUUCCUGCAGGAGUGGGACAACGCCGGCAAAGUGGCCAGGUGCCACAUCCUGGACAGGUUCAUCAGAUUCAACCACAGCAAGACGGCCCCAGAGCUGGAGCAGGAGUUUUCCCAAGGGGCCAGCUUGUUCCUGGCGCGUCUGACCACGUGGCUGCGACUCAGCUACAUGGCUGGGACCUGCUUAAAAAAGCUGCUCAAGUCCAUCGGCAUCUUCCUCUCCGCCGUGAGCAGUAAUCGGUACCUGGUGGAAUUCCUUGAGGUUGGAGGAGUCUUGACCCUUUUGGAAAUCCUUGGACUAGAGAAAGUAAAGGAAGAGGACAAAAAGGAGGCUGUCCUGCUGCUCCAGAUGGUCGCCAACUGUGGACGGAAGUACAAGGAGCUCAUCUGUGAGAGCUACGGUGUGCGAUCCAUCGCAGAGUUUAUGGCAAAGUCCAAGUGCGAAGACGCCCAGGAGGAGGUGCAGAUCCUGCUGGACUCCCUGGUCCACGGGAACCCCAAGUACCAGCACCAGGUGUACAAAGGCCUGAUUGCUCUGAUACCUUGUGCCAGCCCCAAAGCCCAGCAGCUGUCGCUUCAGACGCUCAGAAUAGCCCAGGUCAUUGUGGGGACAGUGCACCCCUCCAUAGUGGAGUUCCUAAUGGGGGUCCUGCGCACCAUGCACCUGGAAGUCCAGUACGAAGCCAUCGAGCUGAUCAAGGACCUCAUCAAAACUGACAUCCGGACUGCCCUACUUAAAGGGCUGGUUGGGCUCCUGAGACCAUCAGCCAAAGACACCUCCAAGCUUCAGCCCAAGGUCUUAGAAGAUCCAACAGUAUUUCAGGUCUCUGGACACCUUCCUGUGUUUCUGCAGCAAGCUGCAGCUGCCAAGACCAUUGGGAUCAUAUCUCGGAAGUCCAUGUCCGUGGCAGAGGAGCUGUUGUCCCUGCAGGUGAUCAGUGAGCUGAUGUUCGCCAUGGGCAACCGGGACCACAGCAACAGCCAGCGGCUGGCCAGCCUCACCCUGGAGUACUUUGUCCAGACAUUCCCCAUAGUGGAGGAGCAUGUGCAAACGGCCAUGGGGGAUACCCUGUUUCAGCUUUUCAUGGACAACGCGGAGGACUUGUACUUGAUUGUGGACAACAUCCAGGCCGACGUCCUGGCCUCCAACAAGGUCAACAUCCCUUUCGUCUUCGUCUCCCCGACUCCCUGGGAGGGCCUCAAAGUCCCCACGUCUGGGGAAGAAGAGGACAAGAAAGAGGAGGUGGCUAAGAAGAGUGAAAAGCAGACAAAGUUCCUCUGAAAUUGCCCCACCUCUGGCCUAGUACCCCUCACCCCUGCCGGCGGCCACCCGCUAAAGUGGGGAAAGAGGAGGCUACUGAGGCCAGAGGUGCAGAAGCAGCUCUGGGGACUCCCCAUCCUGGGGUUCCACGGCUGCCCCUUCGCUGCCCCUCCAAUCUCUGUGCUUCUGAGGAAUGUGAGCCCAAUGAAUGGAGCCCAGGCAAUGAACAAUGUC